AUGAAGACCGCCAUCCUCUUCGCGACGCUCUCGGCGCUCGCCGCCGCCGCCCCUCCCCCCGGAACGGGCCUCUCGGCCGUCGGCUUCGGCUCGCUCAGCGGCGCAGCCUCCAUCGCCGUGUCGCAGGAGAUCGUCUCCGCCCCCGCCGCAGCCUUCAACGGGAGUGUCGGCCCCGGCGCCGGACUGCCGGGCGCGCCGCAGCUGGACGCGGAGACGCUGGCCAAGGCGCGCGAGGGCGCCAAGGCGGCCACGAGCAAGCUCACCGAGGCCCAGCCGGCCUCUCAUGCUUCCAAGGUCGCCGUCGCCCCGAGUGUGCCGGGCAAACUUGCUGGCGGCGGCGGUGGCCGCCCCGGGGGCCUGGGCGACAUUCUGCGCAGCAUGGGCUCGAACCCUGCCGAAGUUGUGCGCGUCACUUCCUCGCAUCUCCUCGGCCUGAGCCCGGGGCUGUUCGAGGGCGUGCUGAGGGAUCUGCUCAAGCCCUGGUUCACGGACGGGAAGAAGGAGAAGAUGGGCGACGAGGAGGUGCAGAGCUGGCGGCCGCUUGCUGAGCUCGUUGCGGCGUCCUAUUGUCCUCUGGACAGGGUGCAUGACCUUACCUGCGGCCCCGCUUGCGACGAUAUCAAGACGCGCAACGUGACCUGGGUCGGCGGGGGAGGGGACAACCAGUCCAACCCGCAGUGGUUCAUUGUCGACGACGGGUCUCGCCUCAUUCUCUCCCUCCAGGGCACGAAUUUCGCGAGCAUUCUGUCCUGGGCCAACGACAUCGACUUCAUCCCCCUCGCCCCGCAGGAGAGCCACUUCCCCGACGCGAACGGGGCCAAGAUCCACCGCGGCUUCUACUCCGCCUUCACGCGCCAGAUUGGCGACAUUGAGGCGGCCCUCGCGCCUCACUUGGAGAGGCGGAAGGAGAUUGUCGUCACGGGCCACAGCCAGGGCGCAGCCCUCGGCGAGAUCCACACGACGUACUUGAUCCAGAAGUAUCCCGACCACCAGAUCACGGGGCGCGUGUUCGCCAAGCCCCGUGUCGGCGACAGGACGUGGGCCGACUACGUCGACAGCAUCACGCGCGGCCGCCUCGAGUUCAUGCAGAACAAUGCGGACCUGGUCGGUCUCCUGCCCCCGAUUGAGUGGGCGUUCCGCCACCCCAGUGGCGAGGUUUGGAUCGACGGCACGGAAUACUUCAAGUGCGAGGGACAGGAGAACCAGAACUGUAUCGACUCCCAGAGAGCUGUUGGGUGGAUUCCCAAUGUCGUCAUACCCAUUAAUGAGCUGCAGGCUCAUAUUGGGCCCUACAUCGGCGUGCAGAUGGGGCUGUGCGGUAUCUACUAG